AUGGCGUCUCUCAACCUUUCCAUAAACGGCCCCUCCAUAAAGAGCAGCUACAAUGCUGUUGUAGGCGGAGAAGCACCGGCUUCCGGCUCUCCGACAUAUGCCCAGUGGGCGCUCUUCUCUGUCCAAGCUCCCCUGGCCAACGCCUUCCAGGACAGCGGAUCCAAGGAGAGCAUUCUCAAAGUCCAGAGCACCGGCGAUGGCGACCUCACCGAGCUGAUUGAAGACUUCAACGAGGGCCGAAUCCAAUUCGCCUUUGUCAAGGUCAAGGACCCCAAUUCGGGCCUUCCCAAGUUUAUUCUCAUCGGCUGGUGCGGAGGAGGUGUCCCCGAACGCACAAAGGGCUACUUCACAAGCCACUUGGCUGCUGUCUCCAAGAUUCUUCACGGAUACCAUGUCCAGAUUACCGCUCGCUCCGACAGCGACCUCGAGCCUGAGUCCAUCAUGCGCAAGGUUGCCGAUGCGUCUGGUGCCAAGUACUCUGCCGGAUCAUCCGCAGGAGCUUUUGGAUCAGCCCCCCCGCCUGUCAAGGCCAAGCCAGUCUUCACCCCUUCAUCAUCUGCUGGUCGCCCUCUUGACCCUCUUAUUGCCGCUCGAUCCAAGAAAGAUUCCUCUGUCGAUGCGGAUGGCUGGGGAGCUGACGCUCCUCCCGUAACUCGAACCCAGAUCGAAAAGGUCGCGCCUGCUUAUCAGCCUACCAAGGUGAAUAUUGCAGAGCUUACAAACCAGAAACAAGAGCCAUCGCGCUUCGCCGGCGCACCUCGACAGGAUACUCCCUCCGAUGUUAUUGGAGGCGGUUAUCAGCCCGUAGGCAAGGUCGACAUUGCGGCCAUCAGAGCACAGGCUCAGAGGACCGGAGAUGACAGACCCACGCCUGUCAAAGGAGCAUAUGAGCCAGUUGGCAAAGUCGACAUUGCUGCGAUUAGAGCCAAAGCACAAAAGCCUGCUGCAGCAGCAGCACCAGCGGAAGAAGAAGAGCCAGCACCUCAGGCCUUCUCUGAUCGAACUGCUGCCUUCUCGCAGCCAAGCGCAGGACGGCUGACUUCACUGCCUAAGCCUACUGUCGCCAAGAAAUGGUCCGGAGCCUCUGCUUUUAGCGGCACCAAGGCCCCAACUCCGGGAGGGCUAGGAUUCGGCGGCCCGGCUGCUCCUGCCGCUGCCCCAGUUGGAGCUGCUAGCCGGACAUUCGCAGACCAAGGCGGCAAGACUCCGGCCCAGAUCUGGGCUGAGAAGAAGGCCAGAGAAGGCGGAAGCAUUGGAAGCAUCCCCGCCGCGGCUUCUCCAGUGCCAGUCGCUCAGCAGACUACCGGAGGCUCCUCUUCCUGGAAGAGCGGCUACACGGGCAAGUCUUGGGCACCAGUACAGAUUGGAGCUGCCGCGCGUGCUGCUCCCGAGGAAGAGCAGCAAGAAGCCAGAGAGGCCGGUGAGGAAGAGAGCUCAGCUCCUAGUGGCGUGUCUGCCCUGAGAGAUCGGUUCAAGAACACGACUCCCAUCGGAGCUGGCAUUCCCCCAACUUCACGAGCGGCCGAGGAAGAGUAUCAGGCUCCUCCCCCUGUUCCGGACAACUCCAGGCCUACUGGAGGUUUCGCUCUUCCUGGUCUUCCCAGUCGACCUGCGCCUGCGGAUGAAGAGGAAGAGGAGCAGGAAGAUCCUUCAGCGUAUCAAACCCUGGAGGAGGAGACGGGACGCUCGCCAUCGCCAAUUCGUGUCGCCGCACCCGUUGCUCGCGAGCCCGCCAUUGAGCGGCCAGAGGAACGAGCACCUCCUCCUCUGCCUGUGGAAGACAUUCCCGUUCCCAGAGAAGAGGAGCUUCAAGACGAGCAGGAGGCUGGCCAUGUCGCACGAGCAGCGGCCAGCGCAGUAGCCGAGCAGACGUUUGAGCACGCGCCUCAUGUGGCUGACAGCCAGGACCAGCAGGGUGGAAAGCGCGCGCUUGUGCAAUAUGACUACGAGAAGGCUGAGGACAACGAGAUUGACUUGGUCGAGGGCGAGUACGUAACCAACAUCGACAUGGUCGACGAGGAUUGGUGGAUGGGAACCAACGCAAGGGGGGAGAGCGGCUUGUUCCCCAGCAACUACGUAGAGAUUGUGGAGGGCGAAGACGCUGCGCCAGCUCCCCCGGCGGCCCCCGUUGCCGCAGUGCCGGCUCCAGCACCAGCAGCUCCGCCAGCAGCGCCAGCCGCGGCCGCGGCCGCGGGUCCAACAGCCACUGCGCUGUAUGAUUACGAGGCUGCAGAAGAUAACGAACUGAGUUUCCCUGAGGAUGCCACAGUCACAGGCUUGGAGUUCCCCGAUGAGGACUGGUGGUUCGGCCACUACGGCGGCCAUUCGGGUCUUUUCCCUGCCAACUACGUGAAGCUCGACGAGUAA